AUGUUCUACAACGCAUCGAUACCGUUCAAUACAAAAAUUCCAUGUUUUACUGGCAUUUCCAAUGAUAUAACAACUCUAUGUUCAGGUUACUGUGCAUUAACAUUAGGUUUACACACAAUGACCAAGAAUUACAACGAAAUUUUAACCAAAGAUUCGCUGGGUAUCAACAUGUCGUUGGGAUUAUGCUAUCCUGAUAGUAAACAGUUUACCGCUCAAGUUUCUAGUCUAACACGUGUGUGUAAUAAAGCAAAUUGUAAUGCGAAUGCUUCAAUCACAGAAGUCAUUGCUAUUGCAAAUGCUUUUCUCACUGCACAAGCGAAUGGAAUACGAAAUGAAGAUGAUCAUUAA